GUCUGUUGCGCACAUAAGCCACACGCUGUCCUCAUUAACGCCCUGGCUGGUUGUUUGUUUUUUGUUUGUUUAUUUCUUUUUGUAUUUAAUAACAUACUAAUCCCAAUCUUACGACAGUUUUUUUCGGUCAUUUGUUAGGUUCGCUUUUUCCCGACAUCCGUUUCGGCGCGCGCAACCCUUUCCCACCGCUCCCUUUGCUGGAAAUCCCUCAACGAAAACUAUCUUCAGGCACGGCACCGCCUUGACGAGGAAGGGGUUAGUGAGGUGGCUGGUGGGAGGAGAUGAGGAGGGAGAGGCGAGGGCGAGGAGGAAAGCGGCAACGUCCUCGGCAGUUAUCUCUCUUUGGCCGCAGCAUCUUUACAGACUGGCGAGUGUUGGGGGGAGAAGCCAGGAUGAGGAGGCAAGUAGCUGCGUGUGUGUGUGUGGAGGGUGCAGGAGGGGAACAGCUACUUCAUCGUACAAGUCUACCCCCGUCUCUCUCUCUCUCGGGUGUGACGUAGCGGGAGGGACACGCACACACACGCGCGCGCCGAGUCUUGAAGUUGUGGACUGAACUCGAGUGAGCAUGUCAGGCGUCUGCUGCCCGCACGCGGGGUGUGAAUUCCUCACUUCUGUGAUUCCUUCUUUCUGUGAGAGCACGUGCUAGACACAAACCUGGAUGUUUGCAGUGACAAGAACGGACAAAGAAACAGAAGCUUGUCGUGGAAGUCGUCCAACUACUUCAACAGUUCCGCAGUAAGAAUGUACGAGAACUACUUGUCUUUGCGGUGCCUUGAAAACCCUUUCCCUUUGAAGAAAAAAAACCUCCCACAAAAGAUCUCUACAUAACGGUAUAAGUGUGAGUUUGUUGAAGAUAUAACUUGUCGAGGUCUGUAAUGUCGCUAUCAUACCGUCUGCAAUCGUCAAACACUUCCAACUACUCGACGAAUAAUUAAAGACAUGAUGACUAUCAGCAGGGUGGUUAACAUGUGUGUACAAACAACACUGUUUUGAAGUCUACUGCAAGAAUCGAUAGCUUCCCAUCGAAGUGACAAUAGCAACCAGGUAAAUAGAGUGUAGAACUCUGUUUCAUAACAGGUCUAACAACAUCAGCAACAAUGACAUCAAAAGGAGGAUCCACCCGCUGUCGGCUCCAAGCGAACUGAUCACAAACAUGAGAGAAGAAACAAAUCCAUGGCAACGGCAGUUUUGACUCCUCGUGCUCGGAAAGAAAGAAAAAACUGCGGAAGGACGGCUGUGGAACUAGUGUAGGUCGUCUCAUCCAAACCGUGUCCACCUGCUGAAAUUUUGGGGUUCUGAGUUCGGAUCCAGCAAUUUCACCUGGUUAGGUGGUAACUCUGGAGAGUACUGCAGCACAAACAAGGUAGCGAUGACUCCGAUACCCUGACAGAAUCAAGAGUAAAUUAUUCAUGAAGACUGUGAUGUCAUGUUUACUGCUUCUCUAAGGGAUCGUUUGUUCAAAGGAAGAAAAAUAAAGUGGCAGAGGUCAGAUGAGUGAGUCUGGAAGACGAGCACUGUCUGUAGAGAUAAACAUUGUCUUGGUGACUGCUGUGAACUUUUUUUGUGAUUUAUAUGUCUGGAGCAUCGUGAGAUUCUCGAACUGACGUUGUGUUCAUUGUUUGACUAUGCGAAAACCGAGCGUUUUCCGAGAGUCAGAAGAGUGGACACUGAGAACUGCUUCGAAAGAUCGCUUGGACAUGGACAAGUAGCCGACUCUGUGUAGCACAGCAACGACUAACCAAUGCUAUUUGUGACUGCUUCUACUCACCAGAACCAUUUUACACACGUCACAUAACAAUUCCCACUGUAUACAUGCCAAGGCUGAAACAAACCAUUGUUAGCCCUCCAAGACGGACACGGUCGUCGCACACGCACACAGGACUAUCAUGGCUUGUGUACAGACUGCAACCCAUUGUUGCUAACCUUGGCCACAGGUCCUUGGCUUUUUCUUCAGGGAGAAGGACCGUCAGUCAGUAAUUUGACCAGUGGGCCGUCAAUCACUGGCUUCACGGUUCAUCGAACACAUCUCGGGGACAAAACACACAAAAGGCCGGCCAGUGGUGUGUAACGGCGAGGUGAGAUGCCAGUCGUAUAUACAUAAAUAACCACAGAUAAAUACAAGCUUGCCAGUCUUCACUGAAGUGGGUAUCGAAGCCACUUUGUCCGAGGCUCGAACCACCCUCCAGUAUGGGCGGAACGGUUUGUACCGGACACUUGCUGUCACCUUUGUGGACACAGGUCUGACAGCCCGGGGCACACCAAGUGUAUCUCCAUAUCCAACUGAUUUUGGAGGACUUUAUUGUGUGUUUGUCGAGGAUACUUCCACAAGCUACACACACACACUUCGUGACGACGCCUCAGAUGUCUGUAAGCAUCCCAACAGCAAAAAAUGCCGAAAGAAACGGUUAAUCAUUCGACUGGAGACAUUCUGUCCAGAUAUUUGAUGAAACCUAUGAAGACAGACGGUGAACUCUUCAAAGCUAACUAAAGGUCAUUGACAGGUGAACAUCUUAAAACUGUGUCUGAAUUUGCGAGCCGUGCUUGAACAUCAGCUGAGUGUGUGAACAUGUGCAGACUCCACCACAUCUGUCAUCGUCCUGGUGUGCAAACCAUUGCAUGCUCAGCCAAAGACAGUGUCCACGUUUCUGAAUACAGUACAUCAUCUCCAUAGUCUGCAGCCUUUGACCCUCGUUUAACGCCAUUUGCACCCCUCAUCGACCUCUGAACUUUAAACCAGUUUCUCUUAGACCGUCGUCGCCGGAUUCUCGCCACCAUGUACGGCUUGUUGAUCGAGUCCAUCAUGGAUUACAUCCGCAAAAGGUUCGGCGAUGAAGCGUGGGAGAGCAUUCGACAGAAGGCGGGGAUUCCCCACACGUGCUUCUCGACGCACGAGACCUACAGCGAGCAGCUCAUCCCCAAGAUUGCCGACUCCGCAUCCCAGGUCAUCGGACUUCCGGAGGACGAGCUGAUGGAUGCUUUCGGCGUUGCCUUCGUCAGCUUUGUCGGCCAGUACGGCUACGACAGUAUAUUGAAGGUCUUGGGUAGACACAUGCGCGACUUUCUCAAUGGUCUUGACAAUCUACACGAGUACUUGAGGUUCAGCUACCCGAAACUGCGGCCUCCGUCUUUCUUCGUGGAGAAUGAAAACAAGAAUGGUCUCACCCUGCACUACAGGUCUCGCCGCAAGGGCUUUGUCCAUUAUGUUAAGGGUCAGAUUCGGCGGGUGGGCGAGCUCUUCUACAGCACCAAGGUGGACAUCUUCGUUGUCGGCCAGCACUUCAACAAGGACGACAACACGACUCACGUGACAUUUCGACCUUUUGACAACGUGGCCUUCAAAGACACCCGGAAAGCUUACGAGGACAGUGUGGUGGACAACAUCCCACUUAGAUCGGAACUUCUCUUUGAGCUCUUUCCCUUCCACGUGGUCUUCUCGCGCUCCAUGGAGAUCCGCAGCGUGGGCUCGGCGCUGGCCGCCGUCAUCCCGGAUGCUGUUGGCAGGAAGCUGACGGAGAUGUUCUUCCUGGCGAGACCCAUCACACAGUUCACGUGGGAAGAGGUGCUGGCUCACACCAACAAUGUGUUCGAGCUGGUGUCCAUGAAGAUCGUGAAGAAGGAGGGCCACCCGGAGUCGGAGAAAUCCAAGAAGGAGGAGAAGCAGCAUAGUGACUCAGACAGCGAAAAAGAGUAUGACGACGACCAAGUUCGCCUUCAUGUCAAAGGUCAAAUGAUGUUUAUGUCGGAGUGGGAUUCCAUUAUGUUCCUGGGAACGCCAAUCAUGAAGUCUCUAGAUGACAUGUUCAUCGGUCUCUACAUCAACGAUCUGAGCAUGCACGAUUCCAGCAGAGACCUCGUUCUGGCUGGGACGCAACAGUCGGCGGAACUAAAGCUUGCACUGGACCAGGAGCAGGAGAAGAGUCGUCUGCUAGAAGAAAGCAUGAAAAAACUGGACUCGGAAAUGAGACGGACAGACGCCCUGCUGUACCAGAUGAUCCCCAAGCCAGUGGCGGACCGCCUGCGGCGCGGCGAACCUUCUGUUAGCACGUGUGAGGUGUUCGAGAGCGUGACCAUCCUCUUCAGCGACGUCGUCGGCUUCACCACCAUCUGCAGCCGCAUCACUCCGAUGGAGGUGGUGUCCAUGCUGAACGCCAUGUACACGGAGUUCGACAAACUGAGUGAGAAGCACGAUGUGUACAAGGUAGAAACCAUCGGGGACGCGUACAUGGCCGUGGCUGGAGCUCCAACGGUGACUCGCUUUCACGCGCUGAGCAUGUGCAACAUGGCGCUGGACAUGCUGGAGGCCAUGCACCAACUCAAAGACCCGUCCACCCCUCAAGACAGCAUGAAGAUCCGCGUGGGAAUCCACACAGGGACGGCAGUAGCCGGUGUAGUAGGAAUCAAGAUGCCUCGCUACUGUUUGUUUGGGGAUACAGUCAACACAGCUUCCAGAAUGGAGACCAACGGAGAGGCAAUGAAAAUCCACAUUAGUGAGACCACCAGGGAGGAACUGCGUUUGUAUCCAUACAAGGUGGAGUACCGCGGGGAGAUCGAAGUCAAGGGCAAGGGUUCGAUGAAGACUUACUGGCUGACCGGUCGUGACGACGACCCCAGCCACCAGCCAGGCUGCCCCUUCGUGCAGCUGAUGGAGCAGGAGCGUCUGCAGCAUGCCCGCGAGCGCCGCGACUCGGACGCCGCCACCGCCAACAUGUGUCCGCACCGCCCCGUCUACUCCCCCGUCUCCUUCGACGACCUGCACGCCGACUCCACCCCGCGCAUGUCUCCCGUGGCAACCACCCAUUUCUCCCCCAGCAAAGUCCUCGGCAGCGUCGGCGGGGUGGAGUCUCGGAAGGGCAGCAAGGCUUCGGGUACCGUGUACGGGACCGGAGGGGACAACUCUAAGUUAUUGCCCUCGUCGUCGAUCGUCACUUCAUCGUCUGCGCCGUACGGGGGAAACAGCGUUGGCAGCGCCAUGGUCAAGCCGAUGCAAGCUGUGCCACCCCAACUGACCGCUGACGUGGCCUCCCAGAAACCCUCAGCUGGGGAGGUCCACGGAGAGGUUUCCCAACAACAACAACCGCAGCAACAACAUCUCAAUCACCUCCACAAGCACAAGGUCAGCGCGGGGCUGCAAGGCCUGCACCAGAAGCAGCAGACGACGUCGAUAGCGGUGACAACCACCACAUCACCGACAGCUCCGCCAACGGUUCCUGCGCCCUCCACCAACUGCAACAGCAACGCCGUGCUCAACAACAACGACAAAGCUCAGCCUGCCAGCUCGCAGGCGCAGGAACGCAUCUAUCCAAUCAAAGACCUGGACAGUGGCAAAGGACCGGUCAACGGAGCUCGAAAAGCCAACGUUGUUAUCAAACCAGCCGCCAAGUCGCAACCUGAGACGAUUUCAGGUAGUCGUAAGCAGGACCAUCCAGAGAAAGCCCGCAGCAAAACAUGUUUGAUAGUUUAGCAUCAGCCCUGUACCUUCCGCUACCCAUUAUUUCUAGUGAUUUCCACAAACUGAAAAAUAAUAAACAUUGCAGAACGUGACAGAACAGGCGCAGUUCGAUUCUCUGUGGUGUCAGAACAGGCGCAGUUCGAUUCUCUGUGGUGACAGAACCGGAGCAGUUCGAUUCUCUGUGGUGUCAGAACACACAAAGAUGGUGCUGAUGUCUUGUCCAUGUCUGUGAAGUGUCCAAUGAGAAAUGAGAUCCAGCGCCGUGACGUAGCGAUGCUGCUGUUGUUUGACCUCUGAACUCACACCAUAUAUCCACUGAAGUCGUUUUAAAACCUGUAAAAAACACUUAGUCCCUAAACAGACAAUCAUAAUUAUUUAUAGUCAAUUCCUGGGUUGCUCGAGUUGAGCAGAAGUCUUGUAACGAUCGAGUUACAUAUUCGUGAAUUUAGGCACCGGUCACAGGAAGGCCUGUUAGUGACCGCAUGGCUUCACAUGGCUGAGUCGUCGCCAUGGAGUUCCCAGAUCCAGACCUGCAGGAGAGGGUGUGGUGGGUAGGAAGAGGGGAAAAUAAGAGAGUCAUGGGGUGACAAAUCGUGAAAUUGAGAAAGUUCACAAGUGUUACAUCACCUGGCUUCAAUACGAUGAAAAACUCUAGCACCACUAAAGUACUCAACCACAAAAUAUUAUUAUUAAGUACUCCUGGUCUAGUUCUGAAACACUUAACCUUUGCCCCCCCCCAAUCAUUUCUGUUUGUGCAAAUAUGAACAAUGAACCAGCAGGCGUUCAUUAUCUUGGGCUGUAGGACUGAGUGAAACUUAAUUAACUACUUGUGAACGAUGGGCUAGACUUCUUUGCGAAAGUUGCCAGAUAGGCCUCAGAAAGUACUUUAUUUACACAUAAAGAUCUGCAGGGUCCCGCCUUAACUUGAAGUGGAUUUUUUUUCAUUCGACCGAUGUGAUGCUCUUAUCUGAGGAAUUUCUCCCAGGUGUAUCACUCACAGGUAAUGAUCCACUAGUAUGGAGUGCGAUGCUAACUUUCCUUAAAAAGAAAAAACAUGUCAGAACAUGUGAGCAGGAUCCACUCGGCAAAUGUUAGAAGCAGGGUAGUGCCAGAGCAAAAGUCACAAAAGUGGACAAAACACAUUGAAGAAUCCAUGAUGCCACACUGUCAUUGUUUUUAGAGACGACAACAUGACGAUCAGAAGCAAUGGCACUGCUGCAAGAGGCCUUCGUUCCUCAGUAACAGGUGUUCUUGAGACAAGGUAGACAUGUCCUGGUUCAGGAACUGGGAGCAGAACUUUGUUGCAAGAACAAUGAUGGGAUUUUAUUUUUACAUCGCUGUUGCAACAAAAAACCUGCUAUUGUAAUAACAAUAAACUUGACUUGCCAAUACCAUCAUUACAACAGAGAAGUACUUUAUGUUGUUGUUGAUAUCAUAAUAAAAGGCAGUUGUGUGAUUAUGACCGGAAGUGAUGUCAGUGUUGUGAUCGAAUGCAGGAUGAAACAAUUCAGUCCCCAAUGUCGUGUUGGCAUAGUUUGUUCCAAGCCAUCUGAGUGAUCCAAAAUCUGAACUUUUCUUUAAUUCAUCAAUCUAUCAAUCAACAAUCAGUCAACUUAUUGAAUCAAUCAAUAAAAUUCUCGAGAAUAUUUUUCCAGGAAGAAAUGUGAUGUGUAUAAUAUGUGAUAUGAACUUCGUGGUCACUCACUGCAGGACCUGCUGAGUCGUGAGGCAUCAGCCAAGGCUCAUAAGAAUCCCAACAAACUUCUACCUGAGUUCUGCGGCAGUACAAACAGUUCACAGGCCUCUGAAUUCCUGGAAGAGGAUGGACAAAGAACCCAGGGCCACAGAUACAAAGGGUAUCUUUCUAACUGUACAGUUCAUUGUACUUUAGAUACAGCACAAACAAAACCUGGCUGUAAAUUUUUUUUAAUUCUGAUGACUGCCAACUGUAAAAGCAACAUUUGUUGUGAAUUCUGGUCUGCUAAAAGUAGAAUGGGUUAUGAAGACUACUGUUCUGUUUAUAGAAUCUUUAAGCCACAAAAUUCCUUUUAUCUGAAAGCUGGGGCUUAAAUCAGUUUCAUGAGCAUCUCACCUGCUUCUAGCAAUUAGAACAUUUCUUUAAUUUAAUUUAUACUUCUUUUUUCGUUUAUGCAAAAGCCUCAUUACUUGAAUACAUUGAAACUCGACCCUAAGUAUCAACUCAUGUAAGUCUGCCUUCAAAAAAAAAACUGAAUUGUUAAAGAGAGAAGCAGAUGGGAGGGUCUCAUACAGUGUGGUAUUGGCAUGCCUGAUGCAGAAUGUGUUGAAGUGUGCAGGUAACAUAAGAUUGAAGGUGUACUGGGAUUUACAUGUUAAUACAUGUAACACUACAGUGUUCUCUGGUUCUGCUUCCUGUAACAUUUGCAAAAAUUGUUGAUUCAAACUGGUAUGAACCUUGACCUGCAGAAUCAAAGUCCAUUUUUGCCUUAACUGCGAUACAGCAAAUGUGCCUCAUUUCUGGGUUUGUUUGUGUUUUUAUUUCUUCUUCUACUUAUUAUUAUUAGUUCUUCAAGUGUCUUACAUUAACAGAGCACUGAUUGUCAUUUCCCCAUAUCAUACUUCUGAAAAAUGCAAACAAAAUUUUUAAAAAAACCUGUGUUUUGAUCCAUGCUGUAUGCUUUCUACUAGUUUGCGUUGAUCGAAUAAUAAUAAGUAUUUUCAAGCGAAACAUAAAUGUCAUGCUAAACUUGCAAGAAAAAAAGUCAAAACUUCUGGAUGUUGGGUGGAUUUUUGUUAUUGCCAUUUUGCUAAGAGUGAAUGCAGAUAUACUGUUUGACAAAGCUAUAGUUUCGUUACCUCGAUACAGAUUGAGAAUACUUGUUCCAUGUUCCAGACAUUUAUUACAUGCUUUGCAGGAUAAAAUAACGGCUCGCCAAAUUAACUGUUCUCAAAUUUUGCUCCAUUAACGGGAUUGCGCGUAAACCUUGUUCAUCACCCUUCAUACUACAACUGUUUUGAAAAAGCUCUCAGAACGAGACUUGCAUAUCAAGAUUUACAAUUUAUCAGACUUUCCAACAUCAGCAGCUUAACAAGAUGCUGCUUGAUAGAACUGUUUCCUCCUGGGCUCCACAGAUGCCUCGAAGAUUAAUUUUCUGCUACUCAUUUGCAGACUGUAGGUGAUGACUGAUUCUUUUUGGUGGGGCUAUUUAUUCUGUUUUUAAUUAGAACAUGGCAACAGCAUGAUCCGAAAACACCGAAGCUACACUUCAGGUUGUUUACAGAUAGCAGGACUUCUUCAAAAGAAAUACAAAGUCUUCUUUAAUAAACUGGCACUUGUGUAAUUGGCGCCAUCAGACUUUGAACAAAUAGUGUGUGUGUGUGUUCUGGAAGUGGGUUUGCAGUAAUGUGACCAGUCGUGUGAGAAGUCAUUUUCCUCCCUUACCAUGGUUGUCUUACUCAAAAUGAUGAAGGUUUAACUUCUUGAUUUUAAACAAAAAUCAUGGUAGGUUUGUCCAACCCCUCAGUUUCCAGGUUGAUUAUGCUCAAAUUUAAAACUUGGUGCGUUUAUAAACUGUGCUGAUUAAUGACAAAAGAUGGUCAUAAAUUUUAUAUUUCAGUUAGAUAGAUGUUUCUGCUAUUUUAUUUUCGGCGGUAAUGCCCGUUGCAGAAAAAUUGUAAAUGAUGUGUUUAUGUCAAAGAUAUUGACCUUUUCUAGACUACUUACAUUAAAACUUUCAUGAUCAGUUGGAAGUGAUAGUCAUGUGCAAGAUAACCCGAUAAUUCUUGAUAAUUAUAUUUAUCAAAUUCA